AUGUGUAAGGGUGUGGUACGAUCAUGCGGAACAACAAAGGAAAACCCAAAAAGGAAACAAACUCAUUGGUGGAACGAAGAAAUUAAGAACGAAGUGAAAAUCAAGAAGAGGAGGUGGAGAGAGUACCUGCAAUGGAAAACAAAUGGAAAUUAUAAUAAAUAUAAAGAACAAAGGAACAAAGUAAAAGAAGUAAUAAAGAAGGCAAAAGAAAAGUCUUGGGUAGACUUUGGAAAUAAAAUGGAACAGGAUUAUCAUACUAACCAAAAGCUCUUCUACAGAAUUCUGAAGAGUUUAAGAACAAACAAGAAAGAAGAAACAAUUAAACAGAUAAGAAACGCAGAGGGUAUUUUGCUGAAAAAGGAAGAAGAGAUUAUGGAAACUUGGAAAAAGUAUUUCGAGAAACUACUGAGCAGCGACGAAACUGACAGGUCCGUCGACGUGGUGGGAGACGAUAAAGAAUGGGGACAAGAAGCAAAAAUAGAGAUUAAUGAGACGGAGAUGGCAAUAAAGAUGUUGAAAAAAGGUAAAGCUGCAGGAUAUGACCAGAUUACGGGAGAAAUGCUGAAAAAUCUGGGCAGAAAUGGGUUGAUAUUGCUCACAGAUGUAUUCAACAAAGCAAUGAAUGAAAACACAAUCCCGAAAGAUUGGGAAGUUGGAGUGAUAAUACCAAUCUUCAAGAAAGGAGACAAGACUCAGGGCACAAACUAUCGAGGUAUUACAUUACUCAGCGUGGCGUGUAAAUUAUAUUAUUAUUAUUAUUAUUAUUAUCUUUACCGAGCAGAGGUAACCUAUUAUGCUCGUCAGAGGGAACACAUUAUAGCAGCUAUUUUCAGUUUACUACUAUUUCUUCGUUAA